AUGCACCUUGAAAUUCCCUACAUAUCCAAAAAGAAUGCCGACAAAGAUCUCAAACUUAGAACCACCGUUGAUGACAAAGGACCGGUAGGGAAAAGGAUUAAGGACGCCGUGAUUUCUAAGGGGAAACCCUUGAUCUUGGAGAAGGUUAGGGUUUGGGUGCAGAGCAUGGCUAGAGGCAGUCCUAUUAAGGACGAAUUGGAAAAUAAGAAGCCAUUGUCGUCUCCCUCACCAUCAGUGGCGCGAACGACACUGUCUCUGUCAUUGUCCACGUCCACCACUACUGCACUGAAGAACGAAACUUUGGCGUCUACGAAGAAGAAGAAGGGAGUGAAGAGUUUUAGGUGUAUAAACGAGAUGGAAAUCAACAAGAUUCAGAUAAUCACAUCUUUAGCUUCCUUGAAUCAAUUGCAAAAGCAGCUUAAGGCCAUAAAGAAGGAGUUGGGACUGGAGACUGAUGACAAAACAGCCCUUACUAGUUGGUUACUUUAUUAA